AUGCCUUCUGAGAUAUUGUAUCAUAAAACCAAUUUUUAUCUUGUAGGAGACAAAAUUGACAAUAAUAAUGAAGACGUUAAUGAUUCUUCAAAUUUGCCAGCAGUUAAACAUUCAAUUACAGGCAUAGAUAGUUACCAAUGUGGAAUACAUCUUAGAUCACCUAUAUACCCAUUUAAUACAAAGAAGUUUACCGCACAAAAAUUUUAUACGCCAAAAAUCGGGGAUCAUGUUAUUGCUAUUGUGACUAAUAAAAAUAGCGACUAUUUUACAUUAGAUAUAAAUUGUGGUUUUAGAGCGACAAUAGAUGCUGUUGAUGGAUUUCCCAUGGCAUCCAGGCGUAAUAUACCCAAUUUGAAGGAGAAAGAUGCUAUUUUUUGUCAAGUUUCUCACAUAUAUCGGUCCCAGGCGCUACCUACAAAAGUUACCUGUAUCGAUCCCUCUUGCAACAAAUCAUGGACGACAUUUGAAACAUACUUCGGCCAGCUUGUUGGCGGGAUGGUCAUAAGAAUGGAUAUACCUAUUUGUUACAGUUUAGCGGCCAAGCCUUGUCACUUGCUAAGUUCCUUGGGAAAUACGUGCAAAUAUGAAAUCGCAGUUGGACUUAAUGGAAGGGUUUGGAUCAAAACGGAGCGUCUGGAAGAUUUAGUAUUUAUUACAAAUGCUUUGAGGUCUAUGGGAUGGAAUGAGUCCUUGCACUGA